AUGAUCACCAUUUCCAAUCAGGAGAUGUCUCCUUGUAGAUUAUACCUUUUAAAAGCUGAUAAAUUUAUUAUUAAAAAUAAACAAGAAGAAGGAUUGACAUUUACAUUCAUAUAAUAGAAGAGCAAACCAUUAAAAUUGGAAGAGCAACACAAGUUUGAGUGUAUGAUCGGCAAUCAUUAUUUGAUAUGUGAAAAACUUAACCUAAAAGCUGAAGUUUAUGUUUUUAAAACUCAAUACGAGAGAGACAAAUUUCAAGCAUAGGAGGAGGAAUUUAAGGCUACAAAAUCAGAACAAUAAUAUGAUAGUGAAGAUAUCUCCAAUGAGAAUGACGAAAUUAUGAGUGAAGAAAUAGGGAUCUUGCCUUAGAGGAAGAAGAAAUUAUUAAAAUGGUCAACUGCUGAAACCUCAUCCACUUAUUAUUCGAAAAAAGAAAAUCAAUCAACUACUUCAGAUGUGAGUGAGUAAUUGUUACCGGAAAAAAGGGGAAAAAGGAAGGGAUCAGAUCCUGUUGUAUAAAAAACAGAACUUAUUGUAAAACCUAAAAUCUAAAGAGGAACGAAUUAAAUUAAUAAUAUAUUAUCAAUUCAACAAUUUGCCAAAACAUAACCACAACGAUAAAUAGCAAUUUCACAAGAUUAAUUGUCAUUACUCAUACGUAAUUGGAAUGCUUAUAAAUUGAUUAAUGAAUAUCUUUAUAAUUAAUAUUCUUAUCAAUGA